AGAGAGGAAAAUUUAGAGCUUUCUGAAUCACCCCUUUUUCAAUUUUUUUUUCUUUUUUAAUUUUUACGUAUUUAUUAUAAGGUCGCCAUGAGCGAAACCAUGUCUAACCCUACCGAAUGGAUGCAAUUCUACAACCAAAACUUCUCUGGUCAACCACAAGCAUCAACCACAACUCAACCAACUAUAUUACCCGACCGAGUCUCGGACGCCACCGCCGUCACAGCCGCUGUAACUGGAAGUGCCAGCCCGACGGUACCGAACCGGUUGAGCCCCGAAGGUCGAGUGUCGAAGCCGGUCCGACGUCGUACUAGGGCUUCCCGGCGGACCCCAACAACCCUACUAAACACGGACACCACAAACUUCCGAGCCAUGGUGCAGCAGUUCACCGGCGGCCCCAGCGCCCCCUUCGCCUCCGUAGGGUCCCACCCCGGUGCGUCCGCCUUCGCGUUUGGGCUCGGGGCCCGGCAAGGCAGCUUCGCAAACCCUAGUGCAGUGAUGGUCCCAGCAGCACAGGCUGGAAAUUAUCAUCAUACUCUCCAUCUUCAUCAGCAGAAUCUGUAUCAUCAUCAGCGGCAGAAUCAGCAGUACAUGUUUGGCGGCGGCGGCAGUGGCGGUGCCGGUAACGAUAGCUUUUUUCAGAGACUGAGCUCCGGUAGGCCAGUGGUGAGCAAUAUGGGGGUUGGUAAUAUAAAUACUACAGAGGGGUUUCUGAAUACGGUCGGUUCCCAAGCCGUGGCUCCGGCGGCGGCAACGGCGAGGCCUUCUUCGAAUUCGCCUAAUGAGGAUCGGAGUAACAGUUUCUUGUAUUGAUGAGGGACAUAAAAGAGAAAGAGUUAGGUAGAAGAAGACUUUUAGAAAGAUUAGAAACUGACUCAUCUAAUUGGGGAGGGUAUAUUUGACCAAUGUAUAUAUAAUAUGAUAUUUAUAUAUAUGCAUGUGUUCCUUUUACAUUAUACACUUGAUAAUGCCAAAGUAGCUUGGCGCUGCUCUUCAAUGUAGCCCAUUUUUUGUUUUGGCUUUUACUA